AUGCGUGGCCUCAAAUUCGACGUCGGCCGGCGAGGCCGAUUACAUCAGCUUGAUUUGGGUCUCCAGAGUCUGAGGGAAACGGGCAAAUCAUAUCUCGAGCCUGAGAGUAUACCAUUCUUGCUAGACAUCUUUCUAGACCGGGAGGGUAGAGACUCGAACAUUCACUUCUCGUUUGACCAAGGCGAACUUUGGUUGACGUUGCUCAAAUCGGAGGUGAGUGAUCACGCUAUCAACGCGAUAAGUCCUACGAGUAACCUCUCUCUAUCUUACGACUACUUGGCAUCCGCGCGUAUCACCAGGCUCCAUCUUCAAGAAUGCACGAUCGUCGAUCUGCUCGCGCUGGACUCUCUCUUGACCCAUCACAGCCGUAGAAUUGAAACUGUUACGUUAGAUGACGUCUUGAUUCUUAUACCAGACAGACAAACAUGGGUCCCACAAUCGGAGACCUGGGAAAGUGGACUACUUCAUCAGCUUUCAUGUCUGACCAAGUUACGUUACUGCCGUCUGUCGCAGAUCAAAUACGUACCAACCCGCAAGAACCCUGUUGAGAUUAAGUGGAAGUUUCCAGGAUCGCUGCUGCAUUGGCCUGACGGCGCCAGUGUCAUCGAGCUUGUAGGAGAGGAUGUGCCAAGUCGGCUAGAAGCUAUAGCUACGUGGGUUGAGCAUCGAGAAGUAAGUCAGUAA